GUUAUUCUUAUUUUUUUUUCAACCUAGUUACUCUUUUCCUUAACCACCAAGACAACACAAAACGCUCAUAUAACUGAUUUUCCCUUUCUUUUUUUUUUUCAUGUAUCACCUUCACUAAUUCCAUUCAACAAUUAAUUCACCAUCAUCAUCUUCUUCAUGGAAAACCAAAUCGAUUGGGAUUUUUUCUUCGAUCAGUUACCAGACUUUGAACAAGUCGCCGAUUUUUUACAGGAGGAUGUAAUCAAUCCACCUGUUUCCAUCGGAGAUACUCCGUCGCCAAUUCCCGCGUUAUCACAGAUUGAGAAUUUGCUCAUGACUGAUUCCGAUGAGGGAAUUGCGUCGCCCGAGGAGUCGGACUAUGAUAAGCUUCUGGCGGAGAUUCUCAUUGAACCGCUCCCUGAAUCCGAGGAAGGUUCGGUCUCGGUGGUUCCUUCUGAUAAAGGCGGAGUUGAUCCAUCGACUCCUGAAGAGGUUCGUUCUGAUAAAGACGGAGUUGAUCCAUCGACUCCUGAAGAGGUUUCUCCUGAACCUGUGUCGAAGAAGCAAAUAAGGCAGAUGAGGAACAGGGAUGCUGCUGUGAAAUCAAGAGAGAGGAAGAAGACGUAUGUGAAAAACCUUGAGACGAAGAGUAGAUAUUUUGAAGGGGAAUGCAGAAGAUUGGAGCAUUUGCUCCAGUGCUGCUAUGCUGAGAACCAUGCUUUGCGGUUUUGUUUGCAAUCGCGUAGUGCAUUUGGUGCUCCCAUGACCAUGCAGGAGUCUGCCGUACUCUUGUUGGAAUCCCUGCUGCUGGGUUCCCUGCUAUGGUUCAUGGGCAUCAUGUGGCAACUCAGUCUACCCCUACUGUGGCUAACAGUGUCACCUCCAAGAGAAAACACGGAACACAAAAGUCUAAGAAGGGUGACUCUAAAAGGGCCAAACAGUAAUAUCUCUGAAUAUUUCCUGACUCAAUCGUUUGUAAAAAGUAGAAGAUGCCAAGCUUCAAGAACAAAGAUGAAAUUUGAUUUUAUCGUGUUCUAAAACUUUUGAAGCGGGGCCUUUUAGGCGUUCUAUUCAUUCCUUCUUUCUUUGCAUUUUCUUUCUCUCCUUUUGUUUUUGGUUUGUUCUAUUGAGCUUUCAGAUAGAGUCCUAGACUCCUAGUUACAAAAAUAUGUAAACCGAACAUGUUGGGGGUGCUUUUGAUAAAUAUUAUCAGCUUUGCUA